AUGGAAUUAUACGGAAAACGCAGUGACUUGAAUUUUAAUUUCGUUGAAACUUUCAAUGUGAAGAAAAAUUGUGGGAAUGAUGAAAAAUGUGUAAUUAUCUUCAGUGAAAACUUUGACACAGGCAGUGAAUUAGACACGAUGUCGCAUAAGCAAAGGAAUCAAGCGAAUGCUCGCGAACGUUACCGAACUCACAGCGUUAACUCAGCGUUCAACACUUUAAGACUUUUGAUACCUACUGAACCGAAAAAUAGGAAAUUAUCCAAAAUUGAGACACUUCGUCUAGCAAAAUCUUACAUUUCUCAUCUAAGUGCUACAUUGAUGAUUGUGAAGCUACAAGAAGAAGCAGAAAAACGAAUAAAAAUGAUUUAUCGUCUAAAUGUUUUUUUUCUUACUUCUCCUCUAAAGGAAGUUCCUCUUGUCGACAACCAUGCUUAG